UUGUACAAUUGAACAACGCAUUUCGGAUGAUACAUUUCUCCCUUCCUCGGGUGCUUACAUCUGGUCCAAUCUCGAUAUCUUUGUUUCUCAUCCAUUGUAUGGUGUAUGGAGGAGACCUGUGUAUGUCUAUGUUAUAAGGUAAAGAAGCCUUCAUGUGACUAGUUGGUCAUGUGACAGGUUUCCUGUAAAUUCAUGAAAAACUUUAUGGAAAUGGGCGAGUAGCACAAUGCAGGAGGACGCACACCCACAUACUUCCUGCCUUCCUUAAAAUAUUUUCUUUCAGUUUUGCUGCUGCAUUGGUUUCACUUUCACUAAAGGAAAAAGAAAAGAGACCAAAGACAUGGAUCACGGCAUAAAAGUGAGAUUGGAACCAGUGGAGGAUGAUGAGAUGGAGCAUCAUGGAGCCGUCAGGAAUGUCGCCGAAGAACAUGAUGAUCCCACCGGCUUCAGUAUUGGUCCUUUACGUUCUUACGAGCCCAGUUUUACAAGUCUGCAGAUUUCUUGGUCCAUCCCUCCCACCGUAGCCAUGUUUUGCUGGUCUACAGACGUUCUUUCUGCUUUUGACCAUCUUCCGGUUUUGGACUCAGAAGAAGUUGAGUCUUUGAAUUCUUUCCUUAGUUUACCAUCGAGCAGCCAACCUGUCAGUGUCAGGAAUUUCUUAGUGGCCUUCCAGAGUCGUCCGGAUCUUUACACCCAUCUACGGAAACUGGCGCAACAGCUGAAGUCUCUCGGAAGAACGGAUAUAGUCAAAGCCAUGCAUAGAGAAAAAGCAGCGCUACAAUGGCUGGGCUAUGACUGGAAAUGGUUAGCAGAACACCUGUCCAUCCCUCGGCAUUUCAUUGACCUAUGGCAGGAACAAGGUGGGAUCCCGGCCGACAAUGUACUCAAGACCUGGCAGGUGAAGGUGAAUGAAGCCACCGUGGGACGACUCUUUGAUCUACUGAUAGAGCAUCGGGAGGAUCUGGCCGCACUGCUCUGAUGUGGGGGAAGUAUUGCCCGCUGGGCCACAGAAUGUUCUUUUAUUACAAUAAAAGAAAGAAAAAAGUUUUUUUGUGGAGCAGAUUCAUUGACCAAUGAUGAGAAAAAUAACAGGAUAAAGGUAGAUACAGGUCCGAGGGGUCGGUUUUUCUCACUCCUGAUUGGUUGCUGUGCUUUGUUAGAUUCUAUAGUCCAGUGGUCUUCAACCUGCGGACCUCCAGAUGUUGCAAAACUACAACUCCCAGCAUGACCGGACAGCCAUUGGCUGUCCGGGCAUGCUGG